UGUGCUACCGUCCGUGCCGAGAACGUGAAAAUUUUGCAAGGUCCCCCCGUUCCAUCUGUCGUUCCUACUCUCCCUCCCAUGGCCAGCUCGUCUACUUCCCACCCAAAUGCACCUACCACGAGUAGCCCCUCUACAGCCGGUUCUUCGGCUGGCAUGAUGUCGAAAGGUUCUCUCUCUGGUACUGCACCUGUUGUCAAUGCUUCUGGUGAGUUCUUCUUUCCCGUGUCUCUACAGGGUACUCCCCUUUCGCUCUCCUUACCACCUUCCCCGUCUCUGUCACUGUCUUCAGGCGCUAACGUACAUUCAGCAAUUCCAGUACCAAACAUCAACGGCGUUCCUCUCACUGACGCUGAACAGGAUAACCUCAUUGCAUCAUUGCACCCUGAUACUUCCCCCAACCGUAAACGUCGUGUCAAGACUAAUCAAGACAAUGCUCCAAUCAAGAAGCGUAAGGUGGGCAAGAAGUGA